UGGUAAAAGGUCCUUGUUCAGCCAUGUUGUGGUUUUGAAUGAGGAAGAAGCGGGAGAUGUUGUUUUUUACGAAUUUAUUUGCAAUAUAUAGCCAUAAUUGCGGUAUAUAAACGAGUUAAGCUGCGACCCACAUGGUAGCAAGUUUUCCGACUGCACCAGAAGAGACUUAUCGCAUUCCAGUUGGAAUUUAAUCAUACUGCAAUAAAUUAGCUUUGUAGCUAACAACGCUAGCUAGCCUGCUAGCUAGGCAGAGCUAAUCCCAAGCUAACUAGCUGUUAGUUGUGUUGGUGGGAAAGUAAAUUUAUAUUUGUGCCAUGCUGAAUAAAAUCUACGAAUGGGUAGAAACAAGCUUUGCCAAUCUUCGCAAUGGUGAACCCGCUGCGGAGCACUCACAUGGACAGCGGGCAACGAGAGACGGUCAAAUGCGAAGGAAAAGAUCUAGUGAAUGCUUGGAGGAGGUGCAUAACAUCGAUAAAGAUGGUUUAGUGAUUAAAAGAUCGCGAAUUGGGGAUCUUAUGGAUACAGUCAAGAGUGCAGCUGAAGGAGUUAAGAGUCAUAGUACCAGUGUGGCUACAUGGAUGAAGAACAGUGUAAGCCCAACUUUGAGAAAUUUUCUGCCUACCUCCCCCGAUGCUCCUUUUUUAGAGCCACAGCCCUCAACAUCAGCAGCAGUCUGGACAGGGAGGCCGAUUAUGGACAGAAAUUCUUUGGAUGGGACAUUUGCUGCCCCCUCAGCAACAUUGGAGUGGAAAACAUCUAAAUCGGAGUGGUCACGUAAUGAGAAGUCCAUUAUGGGAUCGAAAGUGUGUAGACGAAAAGUGUGUAUGAGUCCUACACAUCGUGAGGUGCCAAAAACAAAUGGGCACUCAGUCAACAUGUCACCCUCUAUCGCACCCAAAUUUCAACCCAUCCCACGAUUAGGCAGGCCGCUAAACCUCAGACCACAUGGUAUUUCAAGCAGUUUUAUUGGUGGAGUGGGCACCCCAAGCAGUUCCUGUACAAGCAUGUAUGAGAAGACCUUUCCCAUCAAAGUGGUGCAGAGUCCAACACACAGCACCUCAUCAAGUCACGCACACAGGAGCAGGCCCCGCUGCACAGCACAGGAGUCUGUUCGUGAAGAGGAAAAAGAGAUCUACAGGCAGCUUCUGACCAUGGUUUCUGGUGGCCAGUCAUCGUUCCUUCACAAUGGCAGCUCACACACCAUUUUGAGGUCACACAGAGAUUUCACCAGUUUCCUCACCAGCCGCAGGAUACUACAAAUCUCUUCCCCAGCUGGGUCAGCAGCAGAUGUAACUUCAGAGGGACCCAGUAGCCCUCUCAGCCCCAGAGGGAUAUCUAGCCAAUGCUCCAGCAACCUUCCCAGUCCAGUAGGAGCUUCCAGCAAGUCAGGGACAGGUUCUCAAGACACAGACCUGAAUUCCAACAGUGCAGCUGCUCUCGCAUCACUUCCCUCCCCAUCAGCUCUGCAGGAUAACACCUCUCAGGACACACAGUCAUCAGCUCCUGAUGGCAACUCUGUAAUAAUUGUAAAUGAACAAAAAGGUAAAAAGCAAGACGGCUCAAGUGUACGAUGUUUCCAAGCCGAGUUAUGGAUCAAGGAAUUAACUAGCAUGUAUGACUCUCGAGCAAGAGAAAGACGGAGACAAAUAGAAGAACAGGAAGCACUGGCCACCCAGUUGCUGCGACAGCGCUUGUCUGAAGAAGGUCAACAUAGCUCAGAUGUAGAGGUCCGUGUUCGCGUUCCUUUAGAGAAGGAGGUUCCUUUGACUCUUGUGAUAGAGGAACCAAAGGGUUUGGAAGAAAAACCAGAAUUUCCUGAGCUUACAGAGGAAAUGGAGGCUGAGGUGAACAGAGCACUGAUGAAAGGGGGCAAUCCUCAUGAAGUGUUAAGUGAAGGUUUUGGUCUCAGCCUUACACGAAAAGACCUGCAAACCCUCAGCAGUCUGAACUGGCUCAAUGAUGAGGUGAUCAACUUCUAUAUGAACCUGCUGGUUGAGAGAAGCAAGAAGUCCAACCUGCCUUCAGUCAACACAUUCAAUACUUUUUUCUAUCCUAAGCUGUGCAGCAGCGGCUACUCUGCUGUCCGCCGCUGGACCAAAAAGAUGGACAUUUUUGCUAAAGACAUCCUGCUGGUUCCCGUUCACUUGGGGGUGCACUGGUGCCUCUCUGUGGUCGAUUUCCGCAAAAAAUCCAUCAUGUACUUUGAUUCUAUGGGGGGAAACAAUGAUCAAGCAUGCCAAAUAUUGUUUAACUACCUGCAACAGGAAAGUAAGGACAAGAAGGCCAAAGAACUGGAUACCUCAGGCUGGACUCUACACAGCAAAAAGCCCAGUGAAAUCCCGCAGCAGAUGAAUGGUAGUGACUGUGGAAUGUUCACAUGCAAAUAUGCAGACUAUAUUACCAAAGACAAGCCGAUCACAUUCACACAGAAACACAUGCCCUACUUCAGAAGACGGAUGGUUUGGGAGAUUGUGAACCACAAGCUGUUGUGAUAUCAAGAUGGAGACUGAGAACUUAUACGGUCAGCUUACAGCUCAUGACAAAGACUGAGAUAUAAUCGUCAGGAGGAUCAGUCGACAUCGGUCCUUCUUCUGGGAAAGACUUGUACACCAGCUCUUCACAUCAGGAACCAUCUGUUUUUAUUUUCAAAGGUCAUUUAAACCCACAGCCAGUGGUGGCUGAUGGGAUGUUGCUGGAGCAUAACUCGCUGCCACUCAGUCCUCUUAUUUGGUUCUUUCAUUUUUGGUGUAUCAGUGGAAUACAAAUACAGCAGCUGAAACACUGCAUGUUCUGUUUUUGCCCAGGCAGAACUGCUCUUCAUAUCACAUUUGUACUGACCUAUGAAUCAUACCGAGGUGUAAUGUUCACUUCAUGCUUUUGUUUACAUGAGUGUGUUGUUCAACAAGAUUAUUGGUACAUUUAUACUCUUUAUAUGGUGCAGAGAAAUUUGACUAUCACAAAAAAAAGUAAUUGUAGCAGCCCUGUCAUUUGAAGAUGUCAAGCUGAAAAAUUUUGUGCAUGAAAAUCUUUUUUUUUUUUUUUUUUUAACGUGAAAGGGCUGUCAAUGACCAGCUACGAUUGAUUACACAAAAAUAAAAAACAAAAAGGUGGUUAUAUUUCUUUUGAUUGCUGCUGCAGGGUAUGUUGUGCAGUUUGAACUUGACGACUAAAACUGAUUAUUUUUUUAAAUAUUAAAACGCACAAAUAUCUUUAAAUGUGGAAUAGCCUCAGUGUGGUUUAAAAUGAAAACCAGAAUGUUGUCUUUCUUCACUGAAGUGUAACAGGAGUUACAAGCUAAAACAGCAGGGUAAUAAACUUGUAUCAUUUCCUUAUUCAUUAUUCUUGAUAAGAUUGUAAAUUGAGGUUCAAAGUAUAUUUUAUGUAUUUGAGUCGUUUUGAUCAACUGCAUUUUUUUAGGAUAAAUUCAAUGUAUUUUGAAGUUUGUACAUAAUUUAAAAUAUAUACAGCCUACAGUGUAAAACCUUUUUUAAGCUUUUCCUAUUUUAUCUAAACUUUGAUUUAGAAAUAAAUUAUAAAGAAUUUCAGUCUUUGUGUACUACUUCCACAUCAGUUUGAUAUAGAAAACUUGAUAAACAGGAGAACUGGGAUGUGGUAUUUUGUUUUUUUCUUUUCUUUUAGUUCAGCAUCUCUGAUAUGAUUUAACUGACAUGUAGUUCUUUGUGAAAUAAAAACACACAAAUAUAA